AUGCACCUCAUGGAUCCCUUGUACAGCUACUAUCGCUCCAUAAUAUCCUCACUCAACGCCACAAACACCUACGAAACAAACGCAGAACUGCUAAGAGAAAUCAAUGACGUCAACCCCGAAGUCGUGAGAGGGGCGUACGGCUUGAUCAACGACUGCAAGAUUGUGAGAUUUGUCUAUUCUCCAGACGACGAAACUGAACUCCAGGCGUUUUACGCUCUCGACGGGAAUGAGAAGGAGUGUCUCUUUAUGAGCGGAUUUUGCACAUGUAAGUUUUGUAUGAUGUAA